AUGUUACUCCAUUACCACGAUGUCGUGAUUCAGCAACAAGAUUAUGAAACUCUAGAAGAGAAGCAAUGGCUGAAUGACACCAUUCUUGCGUUUCACCAAGAGUACCUUGAGCGCAGUGUGAUUCCUGAAACUGCAAAAAUAUUGCUUUUACGUCCUGGAAUGGUAGAACUCAUUGCCCAUAUUCAAGAUGCCACUUAUCUUUCUUCGGCACUUCCGCCUAAUAUAAACCAGUAUCAUGCGGUAUUUAUCCCAGUCAACGAUUCACGGCCGCACGUGGGCUACAGCGGAUCGCAUUGGUCGUUACUGGUGUUCUUGAGACGAGCGCACGCGUUCUAUUACUACGACAGUAUGGGGGAAACGAACGUGGCCGAUGCACGCAUGACGGCUCGAAAGAUGACGUCUGUUCUUGGCUUUGACAGGAAACCGCCCAAACUCGUUCAUAUGAACACACCACGCCAAGCCAAUGGAGCUGAUUGUGGAGAUAACCUUGUUCAACGAAUGAUAUCUCCGUCAUCUUCGGGAGUGCCUCCGCCGGAAAAAGUGAUGCAUAUUGAGAAAUCGGAUAUCCGUGGAGUGAAACACGUUAGAAAAGAGCUGCGUAGACUGAUCCAGCAAUUAAGGUUUUUGAACUCGAAAAGAUGA